AUGGCGUCGUCUCCAGUUCAGAAACAUUUUUCCUUAGCUUCUGGUAGCUCUAGUAGCAAAAGUAAUGCGGUCAUUGCCCAAUACAUUGUUUCAAAAAUUGCGUGGUGGGCUACGUAUCCCCGACUUCUUCUUGUCACUUCCUCUACUCUUAGCACUUAUAACCCCGAAACAUUUCAAUGCACGGAUCAGUGGGAGAUUGGUGACAUUGCAACGGUAGAAGUCUUAGAGACAAAGGAUCAAUUUAUACUUCGACUUGAGAAAUCUCGUUUCCGGUCCACCAAGUUGAAACUCGCAUGUUCUGCUCGAGGUCAUCUACUAUCAUUGCUGGCUCGAUUACGUCGACAAGUUCAGGGUAAAGCACUAGUGUAUCGACUUGUAGGUGCCCGUCGACUUCAUUACCGAUGCAUUGAGCAAUUUGCUGAUGCAUCGACCAAGUUGUUGUUUCUCCAAGUGACCGUCGCUAGUCUUAUUUUUCUUGAUCAAAGUGGUCGACCUGUGCAAAUACUACCAUUUCUCUAUCUACGCAAUGUAGCUUUAGCGACAGAGCAUAGUGAUGGAAUGGUAUUGUCUACAGCCUUUCAUGAUCGUUUUUUUCUCUGUAGUGAACGACGGGAAUGUCUACUCGAGAUCGUGGCUGCAGCAAAUGAAGCUGGACUGGACCUGCAUGAAACGUCGAGUGAGAUCACGGCAUUACAUCUCCGUCUACAUCAUAUGCAGAUACUCGAUCGUCCAUCACUUUUCCGAUUUGAUGUGAAGAAAGUGAAGAAUCAGGAUUCCAAUGGUCAUGUUCUACUAGAAAGUAACGACCGUGUUGCUGUAAACAAGGAGAUUCAAUUGAUCCUGCAAGCUCAUGAAAUGGUUGAAAUGCAUUCCUCGAUGUGCACAGUUAUUGCACGUCCGUACAACGCGCUCUUAGCAAUCGUUCGUCCAGAUUGGAAUUCAAGAACGCUUGUGUUGGAAUUCAAGCAGGAGGAUACGCUGAUCCUUGAUGUGGAUGGUCGUAAUGAACUUGUUACCAUAUUACUGCUCGUGUGUCACGAAGCAGGACAUCACAACGUCAUUCUCACUCCCUCAGGCCUCAACUAUUGCCGAUUCUAUCACCCUCAUGCUGCUGACACCACUACAAGUAAUGCUGUUGGUGCAUGGAUGGAAACGUUCCUACUAAGACGAAUCGCGCAAACAAGUGUUGGACCGGAAGAAAAUAGUGGUGGGAGAAGUCGGGGUAGUAGUGUGUGGUCACCCCGAAGACGCCGUGGAGGAAGCGUAACAUUCCGAGCUACUCUAGGAAAUAAUGAUCUCAGGGAAUCUGACUCGAAUGGACGUGGCAGUUGGUUCCAGCGCCGCAUUAACAAAGACAAAUGUACAGCAGAAUCUCUUUAUGAAACACGCAAUUCCAUGGAUUCGGGAGUGUCCAUGAACGAUAACGUGAGCAUCGUCAUUGCUAUGGAGGAGCUCAAUGCAAACCUUUUACUUGACGAACUCACGCGUAGUAAACCAAAGCGAGUUAGAGUGGUGAACAAGGCCAUGAAACUUGUUUUCGAGCAUCUUGUGACUCUAGUAGCUUCACUACGACGAUACGGGGAUACCACCAGCUCGGAGCUUAUUACCACGUUGCAAGCGCUCGUGCGCUUAUACUAUCACCCAGAUGCUUACUUUACGGACAAAUUGAUACCUCACGUACUUGACGCUGUGCACGAGCUCAUUUUACAGCAAGAUAUUCUCACAUGCUACUGGUGCCUACGACUGCUGCAAUGCUUCCUGGGCGUCAGAACACCCAACACUUCCUCUGCCUCUAACUCAGCUGAGCGAGAUCAACGUGCCAAAAUGAUUCAGCACUUUGUCCACCACAAGACACUUCAGCACGCCGUUAUCGACCUCAUUCCAGCCUCUUAUACUGCAUCGGUCAGCUCGUCAUUCGUGACAUCAUCUUCCGCCAUUGGAGUAACAUUGUGGAUGGCUGAUCUGGACGUUGGGAGUAGCGCUUCAUCUAGUCGCUCGUCAGCUCAGUUUUCAACUUUGCGUACAAAGGAAGCUCGAGUGCAAAACGAAAUCAGUGUGGUGUUUUAUGAGACACUGCUCACGCUGCACCAUUUGCUGAUCCACAUGCAAGGUGCGGCCAAGUUGCAGCGCACCGCACGCGAUCGACAAAACUAUGUCGCAGCGGGCAAACGAAAAAAGCUCCAAAUCCGUGGUUUUGAUGACCUACCCGUUGAGAAGCAGAUGGAUGCAUUGGGAGGCAAAUUAUUAGAGAAGCACCGAUUCUUGAUGGACUCCGUUUUAGACGCUCGUCUCGUACGUAUGGCUGAAACGUCCAUAGCGCUAGUGAAAUUUGUACUCAGUCACUUUGCGACCAAGCCACCUGAUAGUCCACUUCAACCAUCACCAAGUGACAACCAGCUACUGAAUUCACGUGCUGGAAACUUCCAGGAUUCUCGAAAGAAGUGGCUAGGUGCGCUUGGCUUGUUUCUUGAUGACUAUGUAGCAAAUACUGCGGAGAGACCGGAAACCCAAUCACUGCAGCUUGGCUCCAAGAGAACUAUUGAAAUGCCGGACCAAGGAUUCAGCUAUGGAACCAGCGAGCCCACAGAUGUUGCGAUAGAGAAGCUGGCUAGAUUUAGCACCACAAAUUGCAUUGGAGCUAUUACGUCGAAUGGAUCAAUGAGGCUUGAGUAUCUUAACCCAAGCGAGCCGCCAAGCUCUACACGUGGAGAAAAGAUUGAUAAAAACACGUCACAGCUAGGUCCUCGCAAAACAGCGCCAGAACUAGAGAAGUCCAGACAGAACUCAAAGCAUUCACAAAAACGCAAGACUUGCGAAAACGUGGCCACAGGUCAUAGCCAACGGCAACACCACACCGGCGAUACCAGCCCCGCACAUCCUAUCUAUGACAGCAUUGGAACAGACAUUUUUGGAAGUGACGAUGGAGAUGACACGGUAGGUCCGAUGCUGCGCAGUGAUCACGCGCCCACAGCAGCGCAAGCAAUUCAACGAUCUUUCCAGGCCCCAAUUAGAUUGCGUCGAACAGCGGGAACAUGUGAUGCGUGCAUUGGAUGCAACGAUGUGUGCGCCAACGAACGUUGCUUCGUAUGUGCGGAGAAAGAGUACCAACUGAAAGUAGCUUUCGGAGAUUCAUCCGAAGCUACCGGGCCUACAGUGCGGCAAGCAGCGUGGCAACAUUGCGCACCAUCAUCAACCGAUAGUUCCUUCCAUGUUGACCGGGAGUACUCUUCCUGUGAGAUAAAGCGGCAUCAAAGCAUGCGGUCGUGCUGGAUUCGGGUAGGUGACAGUAUAUAUGACGUGACGGAUUUGCUUGGCGUACACCCUGGAGGGGCACAAGUUCUACUGCAAGCUGCUCAACAUGGCGGGAAUUGUGACCCUAUCCUGAAUACGCACCCACCUGCAGCACGAAAAAUGCUGACGCAGCAUCGCCUCGGUCGAUACUACGAGUGUACAAACUCGUAA